CGCACGUAGCACCACAGGACGCGGACCUCUCCCACCCGUGGUUCGAUUUCACAGACUCAGCGUUUACUCCGCAGAUUUGGUCCAAACACGAGGAUUUUAAUAUAUUUUUCUGACAUUUUUUGACGGUAUUAACUGAGUGAUAUUGUUUGUUCAGAUGGACUUUUCGGGAGCGCAGGUUUGGAGAGGUCUACGUGACUGCGGGACACGCUCCACGGACACGUAACUUCUGCAGCCGAAGCUUUGUUUAAAACUCGAUAUUUCUAAAGACAGUCGAAGUUUAGCGCGAAGACUGUUUAUUUGCGCUGUUUUCUUUGAGUUUGCACAAUUUUUUGCACAGUUACAGCAGUGUUUUAUUGCAAAUGUAUGGACACGUUUUAGUCUGAAUUUAGUUUUUUAAAGUUUUUGAAUUGCACUUGUUGAAAUCACCUAAUAGCUCACAUCUGGAGAACAAACUUUCUUUUUCAUGACAUUUUUCCUCUUUAAAAAGACCAACAUUCCAUAUUUUGACGUUUUAGGUUCAGAUUCAAACCUUAUAAACGUCCAGUGUUGAACUUUUUCACCUGCACUUUUCCCAAACAGUAAUUUUUUUUACACCAACUAAAGAUUUCUAAGUAGUUGGAAACCGCUUUUUAACUUUUGACUUUUUUAAACACCGUAAAUUUAAGUAAAAACAGAUUUUUGGUGACAUUUUUGGUUGCGACCGACUGAACGAAACUGAAGUUCAAGUGUCGUCUCAAAAUCUGCCACGACGUCGGCCAUCUUGGAUUCCCGGUCCAAAUCCAGACGGCGCAGAGACCUGGUCCGAAGCCGUAGGACCCUCUGCAAACCCCUCCCACUUCUCUGCAAACCCCUCCCACUCCUCCGCAAACCCCUCCCACUCCUCUGCAAGCCCCUCCCACUCUCCAAACCCCUCCCUCCCUCUGCGACAGACCCUAAAAUGCCGUUAGCCGAACCCGUUAGCGACGUGGACAUCGAGCGAAUCGUGGCGCAGCGUGUCGUGCCCGCCCUCUCGGCUCAGGGUUUCUGCUGGUUGGACGGCGUGCUGGGUGAUGUCACAGGAGGGGCGGUGCUCGAGCAGGUGAGGAGGAUGCACCUGUCCGGAGCUCUGAAGGGGGGACAGUUGAUGCGUGCGGCCCCGGGAGUGAAGAGGAGCGCGGUCAGAGGAGACAGGAUCGCGUGGGUGUGUGGAGCCGAGCGAGGGUGUGACGCCAUAAACGCCCUGCUCGUGGUCAUCGACAAACUGGUGAUGAGCGCCGCGCGGACACUCGACCGACCAAUCAGCCAUCGCUCUAAGGCCAUGGUGGCGUGUUAUCCAGGGGGAGGAGCUGGUUACGUGAAACAUGUGGACAAUCCCAACAGUGACGGACGCUGCCUCACCUGCAUCUACUACCUCAACAAGGACUGGAACACAAAGGAGCACGGUGGACUGUUGAGGAUAUUUCCUGAGGGCAAACCUUAUGUGUGCGACAUCGAGCCUCUGUUUGACCGACUUCUGCUCUUCUGGUCAGACCGAAGGAACCCUCACGAAGUCCAACCCUCCUACGCGACCAGAUACGCCAUCACUGCUUGGUAUUUCGACUCAGAGGAACGAGCCGAAGCCAAGAGACGCUGCAGAGAGAGGAGCGAUUCAGAAAACAGUAAUUCGAGCGAGUGAGAUCAUCACAAGUGACAUCAUCACCUGGGUCGAAGGUCAGAGGUGACGAGUGAAACGUUUACAUGUAAACAGUGUUAUACCACAGUGACCACAGGGGGGCGCUACUGGACCUGAGCAAACUCACUUUUUCUUUGGAGCCAAAGGACAAACACGGACAGUUUCAUGAGACAGAAGACAAACUGAAGUCUGAAUUUUAUGAACAUUAUAAUCUAGACUAAGAGAAUAAAGAUGAGCUGUUUUUAAAGAGGAGGUAUUUUACUUCUGUGGAGCGUCACAGAGGGUUUAGACGCUCUGAGUUUCUCCUCCCUUUGCUCCUGCGCUGCCCUGACGUAUUAAACCUCUGCAGACAUGUUUUUGAUGAGGGAAUGAUGUUAGAACAUGGGACAAAGCUGAUUUUGCAUAAUACCCCCUCUUUAAAGACAUUUAUUAUUUUAGUGUCACUUUGUUUACCAAUUGUU